AUGAAUAGACUACACCUGCACCAAGUUAUGGAAGUAAACAAUGAGGCAGCUGCUCUCAUUGUGCAUAAGGAGUACGCCCAAGGAAUGGACAAGCUGCAAACAGGCUUGAGACAGCUUCAAGCACAUCUGGUGCAAAUGUCUCAGCUUUCACAUGGUAAUAGUGCAGAUGAUAUGUGCUCUGACUCUCUGGAUACAUGGAUGCUAUUUCCUGCGAUGGACGCCCUCCACCAGGAUGACAAUGGGUGUAGUUCCCCUACUGCUUCCUUCUUUGUGUAUCGAAGACCACUCGUCGUCCCAUCAUUGAAAAUUAGAUCAGCACGAGCAAAUAUUGAAAAUAGCUACGCCACAGGAGAACACACCAGUCUUCUUGUCGCAAUGCUUUUCAACUAUGGGCUCGCUUGCCAUCUGUCUCAUAUAGAUCAUGAAGGAAGAUUGAAUGAUGGAUCGCGGCCCGACUUUGACCUCCUGCAGAGGGCUAGUCAGAUGUAUGACAUUGCUAUAACAAAUUUUCGUCGUUUGGCGGCUUCGGAGUCCACUGGAAGCAGGACUAUAGUCUCAUCCAACAUCCAAUUCUUCCGCGCAGCCAUGAACAAUCUGGCAAUCUGCGAGCAAACUCGGUACAUCCUAACGGAGUCACACAAUGAAUCUUGGCCAUCAGGCAUUCCAUUCAACAAGGGCUUUGAACGGCUGCGAGAGCUCUUGCUGCGGUAUCCACCCGGGUCUAAUGACGAAACAACCUUGUGGGGUUGCUACAUGUCAAAUAUUUUGAGAGUGAUCAACUCGUUUCAACCUAACUACUGUGCAGCAGCAUGUUGA